AUGGACAUCACCGUGGUUUGUCAGCUGCUGCUGCUGGUCCUCUCUCUGUUCGGAGCUCAGGUUCACUCAGACGCUGGGAACCAAAUCGUUCCUCAUGGAAAACAGACUGAAACCCAGGGAGCUGAACCUGCAAACGUCUCUCAUCAGCAACAGACCUGCCAACCUGACAUCCAUGCUGUGCUGAGAGAAAUGAGCGCCUUGUUGGCUGAACAGAAGGUGGAGAUGAGAUACUUGCAGGAUGAGAACAAAGCACAAGCAGCUAAACUGGGAGAACUGGACGGCCUGAAGACUCAGCUUCAAGCUCAAGCAGUGGAACUUGCCGCUGUGACGGCCAGGUCAAACAUCACAGAGAAUCAGGUGGAGGCUCUGAACAGAGACAGGCAGGUCAAACGGGUGGCUUUCUCAGCCUCUCUUCUGGCUUCAGGCUCUGGAACUCUUGGGCCAUUUAACACAGACACCCCUCUGGUCUUCAGAUACGUCAUCACUAACAUCGGGAAUGCCUACAACCCAAACACAGGUCUUUUCAUCGCACCAGUGAGAGGUGUUUACCACUUCGAGUUCUACGUGGGUGCAUAUGGACAUCGUUCACAUGGCUCGAGUGCUAUCUUGGUCAAAAAUGGACAACAGAUAUUUAUUGCAUUUGAACAUCAAACAUCCGGCUAUGGGACUUCCUCUAAUGGCGCUUCACUGCUUCUAGAAGUUGGAGAUGUUGUGUUUGUGCGUUUCUGGCAAAGCACAAAAAUAUAUGAUGAUCAAAAUCACCGCAGCACCUUCAGUGGUCAUCUGCUGUUCACCAUGUGA